CCGCGGCGACAGCGGGGGCGGGACGGGGCCCUGCCCGCAGGUCCCAACCUCCUCCCUAGGCGAUAUAACCUGAGUCCGACCUGCCACUCUCCACGGCUUGAACCUGAGCCCUAGCCUCUCGCCUUCCUCCGGAACAGCAUGAGCUUCACCACCCACUCCACCUUCACCACCAACUACCGGUCCCUAGGCUCGGUGCAGUCACCUAGCCAUCGGGUCAGGCCAGUCAGCAGCGCAGCCAGCGUCUAUGCAGGCGCUGGGGGCUCAGGCUCCCGGAUCUCUGUGUCCCGCCCCACCAGCUUCCGCGGACCAGCCGUCGGGAUGGCCAGGGGUCUGGCGGGCAUAGGGAGCGUCCAGGGCGAGAAGGAGACCAUGCAAGCCCUGAAUGACCGCCUGGCCUCCUACCUGGAGAGAGUGAGGAACCUGGAGGCUGACAAUCAGAAACUGGAGCUUAAAAUCCGGCAACACCUGGAGAAGAAGGGGCCCCAGGUCAGAGACUGGGGGCAUUACUUCAAGACCAUUGAGGAGCUGAGGGCUCAGAUCUUUGCAAAUUCUGUGGACAACGCCCAAAUUGUUCUGCAGAUUGACAAUGCCCGUCUUGCUGCUGAUGACUUCAGAGUCAAGUAUGAGACAGAGCUGGCCAUGCGCCAGUCUGUGGAGAGUGACAUCCAUGGGCUCCGCAAAGUCAUUGAUGACACCAAUAUCACACGGCUGCAGCUGGAGACGGAGAUCGAGGCUCUGAAGGAGGAGUUGAUCUUCAUGAAGAAGAAUCACGAGGAGGAAGUAAAGGGUCUCCAAAACCAGAUUGCCAACUCUGGGCUGACCGUGGAGCUGGAUGCCGCCAAAUCUCAGGAUCUCGGCAAGAUCAUGGCAGACAUCCGGGCCCAGUAUGACCAGCUGGCUCAGAAGAACCGAGAGGAGCUGGACAAGUACUGGUCUCAGCAGAUUGAGGAGAGCACCACAAUGGUCACCUCGCAGACGGCUGAGAUAGGAGAGGCUGAGACAACACUCAAGGAGCUGAGACGGACGGCCCAGUCCUUGGAGAUCAACCUGGACUCAAUGAGAAAUAUGAAAGCCAGCUUUGAGAACAGCCUAAUGGAGGUAGAAGCCCACUAUGCCCUGCAGAUGGAGCAACUCAACGGGGUCCUGCUGCAUCUGGAAUCGGAGCUGGCCCAGACCCGGGCAGAGGGGCAGCGCCAGGCCCAGGAGUACGAGGCCCUGCUGAAUAUCAAGGUCAAGCUGGAGGCUGAGAUCGCCACCUACCGUCGCCUGCUAGAAGAUGGGGAGGGCUUCAAUCUUGAUGAUGCCCUGGACGCCAGCAACUCCAUGCAGACCCUUCAAAAGACCACCACCCGCAGGAUUGUGGAUGGCAAAGUAGUGUCUGAGACCAACGACACCAAAGGUCUCAGGCGCUGAGGCAGCAGAAGCAGGGCACCCUUUGGGGAGCAGCAGGAAGCCAAUAAAAAGUUCAGAGGUCAUUGAACAUCA